AUGGGCUCCCGGCUUAGCCGGCAGAGUAGCCUCCCCGAGGAGGAGGCGACGCGCACCCCCCGCCGCGGCAGCCGCUGUCCGGGCAGGUCGGAACUGCCGCCGCCGCCGCGGCGCCGGAGCCCUGACUUCCAGCUUGCCUCGCUCGUGCUCAGCUCCGAGAAGCUGCCCGGGCUGCUGCGGAGGAGCCGUCCCGCGCCCUACGUGAGGCGGGUGGGCUGGAUCCGCGAGAUCCAGGCGACGCUGCGUAACCGCCAGCGGGAGCGCGCCGUCCAGCUCCUGCGGCUCCUGCGGAAGGACCUUGGCUUGGAAGGGACAUUCCUCAAUGAAGUCCUCUACAAGAAUGCGGCCUUCCUGAACCUUGUGGAUCCGAUCUCUCAUGAUCUGUUGAUGAGCCUCGCCAGGGACCUGCAAUGCCCCAAAAAGGAAUAUGACCCUUGGAAAUCCUCAGAUCGGAUCUGCCGGCAGCUGAUCUACCACCUGACACCUCACUCAAAAUGGAACCGGCAUGGGCCACCCCGUCGGAGAUCGCAGGGAAGCUUGAAGACUAACUUAAAGAAGCUGAGCCAAGAUGCUGUUGAUCUGUCAGGCAUUCCCCUGUCUAUGCGGGACGUUCACCGUAUGACUUAUUACCUGCAGAACAAUGGUGAGCACCUGAACACUGUGGACCUGAGCUUCACUGACCUGACUGAUGACAUGAUGCGCCUCUUGCUGCCUUUCCUGGGGUCCCUGCCCAGCCUCACCCACCUGUCCCUCAAUGGGAAUCGCCUGACCCGGGCCACUGUGAAGGAGCUCACGGACAUCAUGAAGGACACGCGCAAGUUCCCCUCCCUGGCCUGGAUCGACCUUGGUAAUAACGUGGACAUCUCCUCCAUGCCACAGCCCUUGCUGGUCGGCUUGCGGAAGCGCCUCAGCCAGCAGACCACACUGCCUACCAUCUAUGAAUCCCUGGACUGUGACUCUGAGCUGGACACCAGCCAAUGUGAGGAGGCGGCGGCACUGCGAGGGGAAGGGUCGAUGUCAGAGGCAGAGGACCCCUCCUGCAGCUUCGCCCAGGAGUCCUGCGGAAGGUGACGGGCCCUCUGUUUCGUCUGCCAGACAGAAGCCAUGGCUGUGCCAGCAAUAGGGGUGCAACUCUCUCUCCACGAGUUCCCUUAGGUACUUCUGACUUUAUCCACAAUCCUGACUGGCUUGACAUAAUUCCAUCAAGUCCAUGGCUGCCCCGCUGUCCACUCCAUCCUAACCAGUCUUCACUCACACAUUUCAAAAUAGGGACUAGGCACUUACCAUGAAAACAGGAAACCUUGCCCCAGGGAAAGGAAACUGACUGGGAGAUGCCAGGGAAGCUGUGGAACUCGGAAUAAUUGGUAUGAGCUGUUGGGACAGAGCUGCUGCCGCUGCCACACUUUCCUCCCCUCCAGCUGUAAAUAUUGGGAUGGUGCAGCCCCAAGUGGCCAGGAGGGAGCUGCUGUACGGGCCAGGCAAGGGCUGCCUGAAUGCCUCAGGGGCAGCCAUCAGGCAAUACACCAUCAGUCUUCAGUGCCCGGCUCGCCUCCCUCGUUUUCCCCCCUCUCCAGACAAAGGGAGAGGGAAUGGAACGUUCCACAGCAUGUGUAAGCCAAGAACACAUGACUGGACUGCAGUGUCAGGAUAGUCCAAGACUAGGCAUGUCAACAUUGAGGUGGUGGCGUUUAUGGGGCUUGAGGGUGAAGACGGGAGGCUUGUACAGAGUAACAUAAACCAUUUGAUUGCCCCCAUUUUUGGACAAAAACUGCUGGAGCUUCUCUGCUCCUCAUUGGGCUGUUCCGUAUAGAGGCUCAAGCGUGUUAUGUAUUAAGAGCACUGCUGCGCCGCUUGUUGUCUAGUUGAGAUUGCUUGAUGACUGUGAUGCCAGUAAGUCCACACUUGUGAGACAAGUGAGGAAACUAGUAGUGUUGUGAAACCUGUGUCUGCAUCCUCAGCAUUGCUCAUUGCUGUGUAAGCUCAGUAAUAAUAAAUGGACUUCAUGGA